GUUUGCGAGUCCGGGUACCGUUAGCAGGAAAUCCAGCUUUCGAGGCCAUUUCGCUUCGGAGGGCGCAACAAAGACUUGCUCUUCCCCUCGCAAGUUGACGAGAAACGAGGUUUUUGUGGCUUUUCGAUCGCGCUAGCAAGAAAAAGGUUGGCCAGGAAGGCGUUUCACUGGCGCCGUUGUUCGGAUGGGAAAAAAGUUUUCUGCUGCUUUCGACAACUGCUCGUCUCUUCUCGUCGCCUUUUUGAUUUUCUUCUAACCCGGAGCGGACCAACAAAAGCCAAGAUGCCGAAAACGAUUAGUGUAAGAGUCACCACAAUGGAUGCGGAGCUGGAGUUUGCCAUUCAGCCCACAACAACAGGAAAGCAACUCUUUGACCAGGUCGUUAAGACCAUUGGGUUGCGCGAGGUCUGGUACUUUGGACUCCAGUACCAGGACACCAAGGGUUUAUCGACAUGGCUCAAGCUCAAUAAGAAGGUGACGGCCCAAGAUGUGAGGAAGGAAAGCCCUCUGCUAUUUAAGUUCCGUGCCAAGUUCUUUCCCGAGGAUGUGUCCGAGGAGUUAAUCCAGGAUGCCACCCAGCGGCUGUUUUUCCUGCAGGUGAAGGAGGGAAUCCUAAAUGAUGAUAUCUACUGCCCCCCGGAGACGGCCGUCCUCCUGGCUUCUUAUGCGGUGCAGGCCAAGUAUGCUGACUACAACAAAGAAGUCCACACGCCGGGCUAUCUGUCCAAUGAACAUCUGCUCCCUCAGAGAGUUCUGGACCAGCACAAACUCAGUAAGGACCAGUGGGAGGAGAGGAUUCAAGUGUGGCAUGAAGAACACAAGGGAAUGAUGAGAGAGGAAUCCAUGAUGGAGUAUUUGAAGAUCGCCCAAGACCUUGAGAUGUACGGAGUCAACUACUUUAGCAUCAAAAAUAAGAAAGGAACAGAGUUGUGGCUGGGAGUGGACGCUUUGGGACUCAACAUUUAUGAACAGAAUGAUAAAAUGACGCCCAAAAUUGGCUUUCCUUGGAGUGAAAUCAGGAAUAUUUCCUUCAACGACAAGAAAUUUGUCAUUAAACCAAUUGACAAGAAAGCUCCUGACUUUGUAUUUUAUGCGCCGAGGCUGCGCAUCAACAAGCGCAUUCUGUCUCUAUGCAUGGGGAACCACGAGCUGUACAUGCGCCGCCGCAAACCCGACACGAUCGAAGUACAGCAGAUGAAAGCUCAGGCUCGGGAGGAGAAGAACCUCAAGAAGAUGGAACGCGCUCUGCUGGAUAACGAAAAGAGGAAAAGGGAAGCUGCGGAAAAGGAAAAGGAGAAGAUCGAAAAGGAAAAAGAGGAAUUAAUGGAGCGAUUAAAGCAGAUCGAGGAGCAGACCAAAAAGGCUCAGCAAGAGUUGGAGGAGCAAACAAUGAAGGCCCUGGAGAUGGAGCAUGAGAGGAAGCGAGCCCAGGUGGAGGCCGAGCGCCUGGAGGCCGACCUUAAAGGCGCCGAGGAUGCCAAGAUGGCUCUCUUGCAGCAGUCCGAGAACCAGAUGAAGAACCAAGAGCACCUGGCCACCGAGUUGGCUGAGCUGACCUCAAAGAUUUCCCUCCUGGAGGAUUCCAAGAAGAAGAAGGAAGAGGAGGCCAUACUGUGGCAAGAGAAGGCCACCCUGGUGCAGGAGGACCUGGAGAAGACCAAAGAAGAGCUCAAAAGCAAAGUGAUGGCGUCCCACGUUCAGGAGCCCCUCAACACCGAGAACGAGCACGACGAGAACGACGAAAGCAGCGCCGAGGCCAGCGCCGAGUUUACGUCGGCCGCCGCGUACAAGGACCGCAGCGAGGAGGAACGCAUGACCGAGGCGGAGAAGAACGAACGCUUGCAGAAACAUCUACUCGCGCUAAGCUCCGAGCUGGCCAACGCCCGCGACGAGACCAAGAAGACGGUCAACGACAUGAUCCACGCAGAGAACAUGCGGGCGGGACGAGACAAGUACAAGACCCUCCGACAGAUCCGCUCGGGCAACACCAAGCAGCGCAUCGACGAGUUUGAAUGUAUGUGAUGCGCGAGCGGCCGAGCCCGCCCGAGCGGCGUGGCGCGGGCUUUUUCUCUCCUCCCAAACGCUUCGGCUGCAAAUCCUGACGCGGCUGCACAAACACAGCACAAUGUACAAAAAUGGAUCGGUCAAAUUUCAUGUGCUACCGUUGCGAACGGAACCAUUAGGCAAGUCGCCGGUUGAUAAGGGACAUACUGUAUUUUAUAGGCGCAUUCCUCACGUAGGAGGUUUGUAGCAUAUCGUUAACGGACGCAUCAAAUCAACUAAUCGUAAUUUCAUCUCAUCUUUCCGUCACUUCAAAAUCAACGAGCUGAAGGUCAGCUCACGGCCGUUGCUGAUAGAUGCAAAUUUACACCUGGGCUGCCGUACACGUGCAAAGUGAAUUUUCUGUCCGGAAUCAUGAUCUCUUCAUGUGCCACACGACUUUUCAAAGCCAUGUAAACGGUCUUUGGACUCGACUCGAUUGAGGUUUUGCGGUGCGUCUGCCGCACACAAUUUAGGACAACGAAUGGCUUUUCUUUUUGAGAUUUAGACUGAAUAAACUUGUGCCAUAAGAAACCCUUUUAGUUUGUAGUGUUAAAUUUGAUGAAAAUGGAAGUGACCCGAAAGGGUUCAUCUGCGAUUGGAUGAUUUCGGUCAGAUUGUAGCUCAUGCAUACGCAUGUACGUCAGACUUUUAUUUUUUUUUUUUUUUUCAUUAUUAUUUUUUAGCUUUGGGGUUUUGACUUAGGCUUGUAGGUGUUAAUGUAUAAGCUUUUCAUCAAAUAGUUCUGUUAUCAAAGGACAAGUCUUUAGUUUGUUCAAUUCAACAUCCUACGUGGUAUGUUGCAAUUUAAUCUUAAAUCAAUCAAAAAUAAAAAAAUCAAAAAAAUCACAUCUGAAGGACCUUUUCACGUAAAAUAAUUUAACAUGCACUGGAACAUCGCAGUAUUCAAUAUUAACCAAAACAAUGAUGAGUAGUAUCUCAAAUUCUUGCAUUUUAAUAUACUGUAUGUAUUUAAUUAAUGACUUUUGUAUUUUUGUGUUUUGGAUUCUGAUGUGAUCAAAUCAUACGGUGUAAAAAAAAAAAAAAGAAAAAAGAAAACACCGCUGAGGAUAUUUUUGUAUGAUACAACUUCAGCAUCGGGAGCAAGCACGCGAUUACGUGCAAACUCGCUGAAGGAAGAACAAGCAACACCCUGCGCGCGUGCCCACCAAAAUCCACAUGCCAGCGACAUUGUUUUUCUGAGAUCGGCAUCAUAUCAAAGCACAAGAAGGGUUUUGCUUGGUCCACACCUUUACAUUACAGUAGUAAUUUACAUUAUUUUGCACCGUCAAAAUAAAAGUAUUGUAGCAGUAGG